AUGGACCCGACGGUGGCGCCGUGCGAGGACUUCUACCGCUACGCGUGCGGCCGCUGGCCCGACCACCACCCCACGCCCGACUCCGCCAUCAGCCACGACUGGUUCGCAGAGCAGUUCCUGCGCAAGGAAUCUACAGGAAGCGAACCUCUUCCUGUGCAGCAGGCCCGACGCCUUUACAAAUCCUGCAAUGACCGCGUCAACUCUAGCCCGAUCAUCCGGAUGUUGUCACGGAACUACUGUGUGGCAACGAAAAGUUUCUCAGCAAAAGAGGCUUGCAAACCAGAGGAGCGAAGUACCAUUAUUUCGGAAAAUCAAUUGAUACAGAAUGAAUUGGUAUUCUUGCAUACAAGAAAAAUCAUCACUAAGUAG